UGAGCGAGUGAGCUACAAGAAAAGGGAGCGCGCCCGCCGCUGCCGCCGCCCUCCUCCGAAGAGAGGCUGGAGUGAGGCUGUGCGAAGCGCCGCAUUUCAAUGAGGACGGGCUGAGGCACAUCCCUGCACUAGCGGCUGCAGCCCAGACGCCCGCGCUCCUGCAGCUGCUGCAGCCCAGUCCAGGCCCCGCCGCCCCGCAGCCCCGCAGCCCCGCAGCCCAGGCCGCGCCCAGCCCAGCGAGGACAGCACCAGGAGGCAGCUCCGCGCACCGCCACAAAGACCCCGGGCGGCGUCUCUCCACAGACUGGUUCAACUUUAACCCCGUCAUGUCCUUCGGCAGAGACAUGGAGCUGGAGCACUUUGAUGAGCGGGAUAAGGCGCAGAGGUACAGCAGAGGGUCGCGGGUGAACGGGCUGCCCAGCCCCACGCACAGCGCCCACUGCAGCUUUUACCGGACCCGCACGCUGCAGACCCUCAGCUCCGAGAAGAAGGCCAAGAAAGUUCGUUUCUAUCGAAACGGAGAUCGAUACUUCAAAGGGAUUGUGUAUGCCAUCUCCCCAGACCGGUUCCGAUCUUUUGAGGCCCUGCUGGCUGAUUUGACCCGAACUCUGUCGGAUAAUGUGAAUUUGCCCCAGGGAGUGAGAACAAUCUACAGCAUUGAUGGGCUCAAGAAGAUUUCCAGCCUGGACCAGCUGGUGGAAGGAGAGAGUUAUGUAUGUGGCUCAAUAGAGCCCUUCAAGAAACUGGAGUACACCAAGAAUGUGAACCCCAAUUGGUCUGUGAAUGUCAAAACCACCUCGGCAUCCCGAGCAGUGUCAUCACUGGCUACUGCCAAAGGGAGCCCUUCAGAGGUGCGGGAGAAUAAGGAUUUCAUUCGGCCCAAGCUGGUCACCAUCAUCAGAAGUGGGGUGAAGCCACGGAAAGCUGUCAGGAUUCUGCUGAAUAAGAAAACCGCUCAUUCCUUUGAGCAGGUUCUCACUGAUAUAACCGAUGCCAUCAAGUUGGACUCGGGAGUGGUGAAACGCCUGUACACCCUGGAUGGGAAACAGGUGAUGUGCCUUCAGGACUUUUUUGGUGACGAUGACAUUUUUAUUGCAUGUGGACCGGAGAAGUUCCGUUACCAGGAUGAUUUCUUGCUAGAUGAAAGUGAAUGUCGAGUGGUGAAGUCCACUUCUUACACCAAAAUAGCUUCAUCGUCCCGCAGGAGCACCACCAAGAGCCCGGGACCUUCCAGGCGCAGCAAGUCCCCAGCGUCAACUAGUUCAGUUAAUGGAACCCCUGGUAGUCAGCUCUCUACUCCACGCUCAGGCAAGUCGCCAAGCCCAUCACCCACCAGCCCAGGAAGCCUGCGGAAGCAGAGGAGCUCUCAACAUGGCGGCUCCUCUACUUCACUUGCAUCCACCAAAGUCUGCAGCUCGAUGGACGAGAAUGACGGACCAGGAGAAGAAGUGUCGGAGGAAGGCUUCCAGAUUCCAGCCACAAUAACAGAACGAUAUAAAGUCGGAAGGACAAUAGGAGAUGGGAAUUUCGCUGUUGUCAAGGAAUGCAUAGAAAGGUCGACUGCUAGGGAGUAUGCCCUGAAAAUUAUCAAGAAAAGCAAAUGUCGAGGCAAAGAGCAUAUGAUCCAGAACGAGGUGUCUAUCUUAAGGAGAGUGAAGCACCCCAAUAUUGUCCUUCUGAUUGAAGAGAUGGAUGUGCCAACUGAAUUGUAUCUGGUCAUGGAAUUGGUAAAGGGGGGAGACCUCUUUGAUGCCAUUACUUCCACUAACAAAUACACUGAGCGAGACGCCAGUGGGAUGCUGUACAACCUGGCCAGCGCCAUCAAAUACCUGCACAGCCUGAACAUCGUCCACCGUGACAUCAAGCCAGAGAACCUGCUGGUGUAUGAACACCAAGAUGGCAGCAAAUCACUGAAGCUGGGUGACUUUGGACUGGCCACCAUUGUGGAUGGCCCCCUGUACACUGUCUGUGGCACCCCAACAUACGUGGCUCCAGAAAUCAUUGCAGAGACCGGAUAUGGCCUCAAGGUGGACAUCUGGGCAGCUGGUGUAAUCACUUACAUCCUGCUGUGUGGUUUCCCUCCAUUCCGUGGAAGUGGUGAUGACCAGGAGGUGCUUUUUGAUCAGAUUUUGAUGGGUCAAGUGGAUUUUCCUUCUCCAUACUGGGAUAAUGUUUCCGAUUCUGCAAAGGAGCUCAUCACCAUGAUGCUGCUGGUGGACGUUAAUGAGCGAUUUUCAGCCCUACAGGUCCUUGAGCAUCCCUGGGUGAACGAUGACGGCCUCCCAGAAAAUGAACAUCAGCUGUCAGUAGCUGGAAAGAUAAAGAAGCAUUUCAACACAGGCCCCAAGCCGAAUAGCACAGCAGCUGGCGUUUCUGUCAUAGCACUGGACCACGGGUUUACCAUCAAGAGAUCAGGGUCUUUGGACUACUACCAACAACCAGGAAUGUAUUGGAUAAGACCACCGCUCUUGAUAAGGAGAGGCAGGUUUUCCGACGAAGACGCAACCAGGAUGUGAGGAGCCGGUACAAGGCGCAGCCAGCUCCGCCGGAACUCAACUCGGAAUCCGAAGACUACUCCCCGAGCUCUUCCGAGACUGUUCGCUCCCCAAACUCGCCCUUUUAAUAAGACCCUUUUACUCGAAGUCCUAGCUUAACCCUUUGAGACUCUGAGAUUUUUUUCCAAAUUUAUGUAAAACAGUUUCAUCUGAUCUAUCUAGCACUCAAAUGCUUGAAUGGCAGAACAGAAAGUGUGUCUUCUAGUAUCUUUGUAGCGAUUUCCCUUUGCUGAAUGAGAUGAUGUCAUGUUGUUUGUGAAGAUAGCAAUUUGCUGCUAAUAGGGUCCUCAAAGGGUUAAGGCUACUUUGCAACUUUUUUAGACUUAAAAGCAAUGAAUGUUUUCAUCAGUCAAGCUAGGAUCUGCAGUAUGUAAUAUAGCACAUGUUAACCCUCUGAGUGCAUUGGGUUUUAUGGAGAACCCUUGGGGAAUUUUUCAGACCUUUGGAUAUAUAUACACACGUGUUUCUUGAUUUUGCUGCAGAUCAAGGGGUGUUCUUAGAUGCUGAGAUGUCCUGACAAGAAGGGCAUCUAGAAUGAUAUCUUGCUUGUCCUUUAUGAUGGGUUUAGAACAUGGCAGGUGUAUAGCUUAUGCAGCAACAGCCCUCUUUCUUCUUCACGAUCCUUUUAAGAAAGGGACUUUUGUCAUUAGUGGUAUGACUGUCAGCUGCCGUGAGUCCUGCAUCCCAAGUGGAGGGAAUUGGGUCUGUGGCAAACAGCCUGACCCGCGAAAGAGAUGGUGCCCCUGCCCCCGCAUUGUCUCCGUAUGAAGAUGUGCUGACGACGCCCCAGAAAUGCUGCUUCCACAUCAGCUGCUGCUAGUGCCAGUGCAGACCAUCAGGCAGUCACAUACCUUGUCUUGUGCUUGGUGAGGCAGGGUCUGCAUGCUCAGUAUGAGACAUCUACAGGGAAAAAAAAAAAACUGGUGAAAAAGAGCAAUAAAUCGCCAGGUGCUCUAUGGGGCUGGAAUUUCAAACAAAGAGGAAACCUGAUCCUGUUCUUUUUCUCACCUGCUUUUUCAUGCACUGCAGUCUUCAGUGUGAAAUCCAUAUAGAGUAUCAAAUCCAUACGUAGAAGCACUGGGGCACAGCCGACUAGAGGCAAGCGCUUUGCAAGGUGUCCAGGGAGAAAGCACAGGGAGAAAACAAUCUAGAAUGUUCCAAAAAUGGGUAUUCAAGAAAUAAACCACUGGUAAAAUAAUUCCAUGUGCACCUUUAGGGUACCUACAAAUAGCCUCCCAGGAAAAACAGGACAGGAGGCCUAGAAGACACCCCUGAGGAUAAAACUUAUGUUUCCUAACAUGAGCUUUUUAUGCCACCGUCUUUAGCUAUCCAGAGGGACAUGUUGUUUUUCUCUCUGUGGGUCAAUUCCUGCGUGAGACCUGUAUUUUCACUCCUGUUACCAAAUUUUUCUCCUUAGUCCUGUGUCUCCAUUGAGUUUCUUCUGGAAUGUGUCCUAUUUCAGAAUGGGGGCUUCUUGUACAUGGCUACAAUGCUUAGAGAAGAGGCUAGUUAUAGUGGCUUGGAGGCUAGGGCCCAGCUCAAAUGUCCUCCUAAGGUUUGCCCAGCUCUGUAAUCCAGGAGACAACAGUGAAGUCUCAUAAAAUUUGCAUCUGAAGAGCUGAACAAUCCUUAUCAUCUCUGGUUUGAAUCUACUUCACUAUCUGAAGGUCUUUGACCUUGCUACAGUCAGUUCUUUAUUUUCAAGUACACAUUUUUUACUCUCCAACUCAUAAACUAUGGGCUAUAUUAAUAUAGAUUUUAAAAUCAUAACAUGCCAUGACUUUUGCAAUAUAGUCCCUCUCUAAUUUUUUGCUCUUCCACAUUUAGAUUUAUUGCUUUGGUCUGUGUUGUCCUGACAUAUAAGCAGUAGACUACUUAUUGAGAGUUUUCCCCUUUUUAGAGAGUCCUGAAAUGAUACACAACAUCAGACAGUAGCACAAAUUAGUUGGGGUUUUGGGGGGUGGGGGAGAAUAGGGGGCAGAACACCAGGAAGGGUGUUGGUGUGUAGGCAGAUUUCACAUUAGUGAAGUACCCUGAUCAGAACUGGUCAGAAAUUACUGCUUUCUCUAGAACUAUGAAGCAAAGCACUAUUCUAAGUAACACUAAGGAGUAGCCAUAUAGCUUGGCCUCAACUCUAAAUAUGUAACUAUGAAGAAUCCUACGGGCAGAGACUUCGCUGCGGGAGAUUGUCACUUUCCUUUCUUUCUCUGAACAACUGCUUUUCCCGUGAGCAUUAUAUGUACUGCCACAGCAUCUAGUGUACAGGACUUACAGUGCAUGGCUCAGGCCUUUUUCCAUCCACAUCUUGGGAGACCGUGGACCAUGUGAAGCUGUGAAGGGCAGCUGGGAAGAGUGCAGGGCCCAUUCAGCAUGGAGACUGCAGAGCAUCGCUGUAGAAUUUGAGUGAUCUAUGCUGAAUAAACAGUGGAAUGUGACCUGUCAAGUAGAAAUAUUGAGUAAUCAGAUGGAAUGCAAUCUUUUCAGCAUCAAGCUAUCAAGAUCCUGCAUGUCAGAGAUGUACUCAGAGGGUUAACAGACAAGCACAAGGCAUGCUGAUGAUGUUGGUGUUUCCAGACUGCUUUGCUUUUAGCCAGUGCUUUCUAAUUUCUUUUCAUGACAUUCUUGGGAUAGUUCAAGUUUGAAAUAAUUAAGUGGUGGUGUUCUUUAAGGAAUUUCUAUAACCAAAUUGAUCUUAUUUUUGUUUUUCACUUUGUCAUUGAAUAAAUAUGUACCAUUAUGGCAGUGUAUCUCUGUAAUUAUCAAUCAUUGCCACACAUGUUUCCAUAUUGCUUUUCUAAGUAUUUAAUAUAGCUCUUAUGGUGGUGGCUCGGUAUGGGGACUGUCUUUCCUUUAUUGAUACAUGACUGACCAUGUGGUAUUUUCAAGGGAAUUCUAAGAUUCAACUUUUCAGUUCAGUAGUAGACUAGUUAAGAAAGAACUCCUUCAUUACCUGCAUUGUGUAAAUCAUCUCUGUAGAUGAUAACUGUUCAUACUGAUGAACACUUUGUUUUUUCGACAUUGUAGCAGAAAUCAUUUUAUUCAUCAUAAUUAAUGAAUAUGUGAUUUGCUCCAAAUCAUUAGAAGGAAAAGUAAGAUUUCAGUCAUUGAAAAAUGUUUUUACUGUAGCCCUCAUCUAACUUAUACAUGGUGCAUAUUAAAAUAAGCAGAGAAAAAAAAUGCAAAUAAACUACUGAAAAUGUUUGGUGUUUUGUAUUCAGUGAGACUUCUGUGCAACCUGCUCAGCACCCCCCUGGGUUGUGGUUAACAGGCCCGUCAGAUAUUGUUGAAAGAAAGCAAUAUAUACAUGAGUGAAGGCUAAAAUUGCAAUCCUUUACCCUUUGAGGCAUAUUUCAGUUGGAAAUAAAGGAGGAAAGAAAAAUUGGCUUAGCUUAGAGGGUCACGGAGCUACCGUAUGACCAAGGCUCAUGCGCAUUAAAUCACGGUUGUUUGCAGGCCGAGGGCACCCAUUAGACAACUCUAUUGCCAGCACUGUAGUGCAGUUUUGCUUGAGGGAGAGCUUUCUUAAUAUUAUUGUGUUACCUGCUAGCCCUUCUCAGGGUGAGGAUCUGUCAGAAUUUCCGUGAUAAACUUCUGUUUUCAAAGGUUUUUAAUUUGACCAUAAAAGGGGGCCCCAGGCUGGUUUGCUCUAUAGGGCCUGUACCAAAGAGUGAAGGUUCACUUCCUUCUCUGCCCAACUGUUCCGAGGAAAGAACAACAGAAAAAUCUGAUACGUCUUCUCCUUCGUUGUAAUUUCAGAAUUUUGGAAAGCACUGAGAACCAAGAUGCUUGUUUUAAUGUAAUUACUCUUUUGGAUGUGGGUUUAAAAAAAUAACUAAUCACCUGAAAUCUAUUGUAGAUAACAUAUAUUUUCUAUAGUUUGUAAAUCAUUAAUUUUUUAAUCUGCUACAUGAUUUUUUUCUUUUUUGUCCAAAGAUUUUUUUUUAAGCAAUUAGAAGUUGGUCAGUUCAAAGGUUAGCCUUUCCUGUGUGUUGUCUGCCAUUUACAUUAAGAAUUUGAGAAAAAAAACUCUCAGACCCUUACUUUGCAUGCAGUGAUACAGGGUCAGAUAUAUGCUUUUUUUGGAGAUACGGAUUUCUUUAUUUAAUCAUCAAGUUUCAUGAAGGCAUUUUAGUUUGUUGGGGAAGAUAGUGCUUAAAGGCACUUGAAAAAUUAACAUUUUUGUCAAUUCAGAUAUGAGCUGAAGAGUGUCAAUAACACACUUUCAACUUUUUUUGUUUAAAGGUAAACAAAUCAACAAAACUUGAGGAUACACUAAACACUUGAUCCCAGCAAAUAUGCUUUUAAAAUUGGCUCAAUGGUGCUUAUAAAUGAAACAGUAAAAAAUGGAGUCCCAAGGACUGUCAGAGGAAUCUUUAAUUUGCAUGUAUUUACAUACUUGAGGUGGAGGUGCUUUUAAACCAGUCUUUUAUUUUUUAAUUAUCUCAAACAUGUAUCCAUCCAUUGAGUAACAUUAAGGGUCUUAAACUGGUGGGAAACAGGAAAUUCAAUGUAGAGGUUUUGAAUGCCUCUGGUUGGGGUGGGGUUCCCCCUUUUUUUCUCUUUGAUUUUGUUGUUGGUGGUGGGCUUCAACACUGAAGCUUGGGUGGUGAUCAGUUUUCAGUGAGGGAGCUUCCAACUGGCAGGUGUUUCGAUCAUGAGGUUGGCAACAUCUUGCCCUUGGAGACAAGUGACAGAUCUCGUUUCAUCCUUUUUCCCUAAAGGAAGCACAAUCUCUACAAUUAAACCAUACCUGUAAAUUUCUUCAACAUUAUCAGUCGGUCAACAGAAAUGAGACCCUUAAUGCUGCUUUAAUGUAAAAUUGUAUAUUCUUGUCUGUGAUAUACUUUAUUAAUUUAAAGUACAUAAUACUUCUACAAGCCUUCAUGUCAGUACUAAGAGAAAGUAGGACUUUAAAAGUGAUGAUAAAGAUGCUGUAAUGUCAAUUCAUUCCAGUCCAAUCGAAUGUGGUAAGAAAAAGACCUUGAAGAGUUCUCUAGGGACAAUUUCUCACUUGUCAUCGACAUUAAUCUUUGAUGUAUUCUCAGAAAAAAUAUAAAGAAAUUGAAACUGGUCCAAGGUUAGAGUCAUAUCUUGAAAAACUUUAAAAAAAAUUUUAUUAGGAAAUUAAUAAUAGCCUCUUUUAUUCUGGCUGAAAGAAAAUUAUUAAAGGAUUAGUUGAGUGUGAAAUUAAAUAGUAUUUUGCUCAUGCAUACUAAAAAGGUAGACUAGGAACUUGAUGCAUUUAAACAAGUUUCUGAAAGGUUUCAAUUUGCUGCAAGAAAAAAAGUUCAAUGUUUCCUUUGAAAAUACUGAAUUUAUCAGUUGCUGCAUGGAUCAGAUGGCAUAGGUUAAUCUUUGAUUUUCAGAAUCUUAAUGAAAUAACUUUCAAACGAUUUGUAUCCAUGAUUAAAGCUGGAAUGAGAUCCAAUUUUUCCCUAAUCUCUCAGUUUAAGCUAAUAAAUGUAGGUUAAUGUGAAAUGAAAUCAUCUGUGAUAUAUUAUGUUCAUUUAUCAACUGAGCUUUUUUGAUGUUGCCUGUUUUUAUGUAAAACAUGUUCUUAAAGUUAAUAAAAUAAUAGUACUUGGUGUAUGAACUACUACGUAAUACCCUA